GUGACGAACGGAAAAGAUGAAGCAAACGGGAGUAUUGUUGGUGAUGCAAGUCGAUUCCGGUAGAAAGGGACCCUUCGUGCUUCUUCUCUUUCUUCUUAUGACUCUAAUCCUUCCCAGUAUUUAAACUUUCUCUUUGCUUCCAUUCUUCCUUUUUCUGUUGUCUCAAUGAACUUCUUCUUCAUCUUAUUCUUGUUCGAUUGCGGAUUAACGACUUAAGCUUCCAAAGCUACAGCUUCAAAGAUAAGCUCAUGUUCCAUUGAGGGUUCUCUGUUUUUUUUUUUUUUUUUUGAGAUUAUGCCAUGGGAGUGCUGCUUAAACAGUUAAACUCGUCUUCGAACGCAUUCUGGAUAAUUCUGGGAUCGGUCAGUCUAUGAGGUCAUUAACAUUUGCUUACAAGUUUUGAGCUUACUUGGUUUAAGGUGAUCACAGUUCUUCGUUGUUGAAAUGUUCAAAAUUGUUUUCUGUGUUAUGUCCUUUUGGUGGAUCUGCUUCUGUUUUUCUGAAUGUCUUGGUCAUCAAAAUAGGAAAAGGAAAACAGAGUAAAGCAAAAAGACAAAAAAAAGCAUUCGUAGCCUGAUUACAACCCCUAUUUCCCUCGAAUUUUGUUUCAAUAAUUUUCUCUUCAUUUUUGUAUUAUAAUUUUAAUACUUCUUAGCAAUCGGCAAUGCAGUUCCAGAGGAAAAAUAUUUGUUUCUUUUUCCUUUCUGAGCAUCAAGUUGUGUACUGAAGUUAGUAGGAGGAGGAGAAGGAGAAUUUUAUAAUAUCUGUUGAGGUGCCGGUUAAAUUCUUUGUUGGGACCAUCAUAUCUUAUGGGAAUACCUGAUAGUUCAUUACUAGACCUGGUAGUAAAGAUUAGGUCCUGGGUUUCUUGGCGAGGAAGUGAUCUGCAGUGUUUGUCUGACCAAUUCGAUAUGCUUAAAAGUAGCUAUCAAAUGUGUUGCAAUUGUCAUAGAAACAACAAUGAAAUGUUCCUCAAAUACAACUGCAAAAGCUGUGGGCGUUGGUUGUGUGGGAAAUGUAUUGAAGGUUGUGAUCUUGACAAUCUUGAAUCUGAGGGCAGUGCGUUGAGGAAAACAAUCAGUUCUUGCAAGUUCUGUUCUGACGUUAAUGAGACGUAUAGCGAUACCCAAGAGAGUCCAAGACAGAGUCUUGAGCCACUAUCACCAUGUUUCAGUAUUGAAAGUGAAAGAUCCUGUUCUUCCCUGAAUAGUGAAUCAAGUAAGAGCUAUCUUCAAGCCCAAGAUUAUGCAUAUGCUCCCCAAGUCAUGAGCAUCGGGAGUAUGGCCUUGUCUGGUUCUCCACCUCCUCAAGUAACUGCUCAUCCAUCUGCAAGGAGGAAUGAUGAAAAUGGGAUAGCUGAUUCUGAGAAGCAUCUUUAUAGCCCUUCAAGUACAUAUUGCCAUAUUCGUUCUGGUACAUAUUCGAGUAAUGUUAGUGCUAGCCACGAGACAUACAACUAUAAGUCUAAGGAGCCAAAUUCUAUCGAGAGCCCCUCUAGGACUGGUUUUGCUUACAGCAGGGUUGGACUUCCUGUACAAUGGGGGCAAGGAAGAAGCCCCAUCUCUCAGUACAGUGGUUCCUUUGGUCAACAAGCUAUGGAGCCUGAUCAAGGGACUGAGGAUGCAUAUAAUACUGAUUAUUUUUCUGAUGACCUGUCAAUUUUCUGGAGCCAGAAUGAGAAUUCUCAUAGGCCAUUGGAUUUUCAAAACAAUGACCCUAUCUGGUUUCCCCCUUCUCCUGAUGAUAAUAUGAUAGAUGACACAGAAGGAAGUAUUUUUGCUUUUGAUGAUGAAGAUGAUGAUAUUGGUGAUUCAGGUGCCUUGUUCUCAUCCAGUAGCAGUCUGUCUACUAUGUUUCCAGCAAAGGAAAAACAUAGUGCAGAAAAUAAAGAACCUUUAAAAGCUGUUAUACAGGGGCAUUAUAGAGCUCUUGUUUCACAGCUUUUGCAAGGAGAGGGUAUUGAAGUCAGUAAGGAAAGUAGUUCUAAUGACUGGCUUGAGAUUGUUGCAACAAUAGCAUGGCAGGCUGCCAACUUUGUGAGGCCAGAUACCAGCAAAGGGGGUAGUAUGGACCCUGGUGAUUAUGUGAAAGUUAAAUGUAUAGCAUCUGGAAGUCCAAGUGAGAGUACCUUUGUAAAGGGAGUAGUUUGUACAAAAAGUAUAAAGCAUAAGCGCAUGACUUCACAAUAUAAAAGGCCUAGAAUACUUCUUCUAGCUGGAGCACUGGAAUAUCAGAAGGCUCCAAAUCAGCUGGCUUCUUUUAAUACAUUGUUGCAGCAGGAAAAUCAUCAUAUGAAGAUGAUUAUUUCAAAAAUUGAGGCUCUUCAACCAAAUGUUUUGCUUGUGGAAAAAACUGUAGCUUCAUGUGCCCAGGAAUAUCUUCUAGCAAAAGAAAUUUCACUGGUGUUGAAUGUUAAAAGGUCAUUGCUAGAGCGUAUAGCUCGUUGCAGUGGUGCGCUUAUCGCUCCAUCAAUAGAUUAUUUAUCAACAGCACGACUGGGGCACUGUGAACUAUUCAAAUUGAACAGAAUGGUAGAAGAUCAUGAGACUUCCAAUCAGUUCAACAAAAAGCCAUCCAAAACCUUAAUGUUUUUUGAAGGUUGUCCAAGGCGUUUGGGCUGUACGGUCCUACUGAAGGGUGCAUGUCGUGAAGAGCUAAAGAAAAUUAAGCAUGUGGUUCAAUAUGCAGUUUUUGCAGCUUAUCAUUUAUCUCUUGAGACAUCAUUCCUUGCUGAUGAGGGUGCCACUCUGCCUAAAAUGAGAUCAAAAAACUUCGUAGCCUUGACAGAGAGGGUUUCUGCUGAUAAUGAUAUAUCUAUAUUGUCUAACAGUCAGUCAGAGGCUGAUAACAUGGAUAGCAUGAAAGAAUUAACGGUUCUUGAAUCAGAGAUUGAAGGAUUGGGAUCAGAACCAGAGCAUCUUGAUGGCCUUAGUUCUCCUUCUCAUGCGAGCACAAUUGGUUAUAGUGUUGGGAAGGUACUAUCUAAUGCAGGCCAUGAUGACUUGAUAGGUAACCUCGCCGUAGAAUCAGGUUGUUUGAAUCCGUCUAAUGAAUCAGAGGGGGGUCCUAUACUUCCUUCUUGUAGGAGAGACUGGUUGCAACUUAAUAUGCAUAAAAGCGUUGUUCAAGAGGGGAGGCAGCAUGGUGAAAUUACUCAGUUGACUAAAGAUGAAAAUGAUAAGAAAUAUGAAAAUGAUGAAAAUGAAUUCUCUGCUAAAUACUUUUCUGCCGCUGAUGGUAAUCAGAGCAUAUUGGUGUACUUUACUAGCCACUGUGUGUCUAAGGGAAUGGUCUGUGAGCAUGCUAAGCUGCUUCGCAUAAAGUUUUAUGGCUCUGAUGACAAGCCUCUUGGGAGAUAUCUUCGUGAGAAUCUUUUUGAUCAGACAUCUCACUGUCAAUCUUGUAAAGAGCGUAUGGAGGCCCAUGUUCUGUGUUUUAUGCACCAGCAAGGAAAUCUUACAAUCAAGGUUAAGCACCUUUCAUCGGCAAAAUUACCAGGGGAAAGAGAUGGCAAAAUUUGGAUGUGGCAUCGAUGCCUUAGGUGCCCUCAUGUAAAUGGAGUUCCACCAGCAACUCCAAGAGUGGUUAUGUCAGAUGCUGCCUGGGGCUUGUCUUUUGGAAAGUUCCUGGAACUUAGCUUCUCAGACCAUGCAACUGCAAAUCGAGUUGCAACUUGUGGUCAUUCUCUGCAGAGGCACUGCCUCCGAUUUUAUGGUGUUGGAAGCAUGGUUGCUUUCUUCCAGUAUUCCCCUUCUUAUAUACUCUCAGUACAUCUGCCCCCAUCUGUGUUGGAAUUUGGCCAUAUGCAGGAGGAGUGGAUAAGAAAGGAAGCAAGAGAGCUUUUGGGUAAAACGGAAACAUUGUACGGGGAAAUAUCAUAUUUGCUUGAAUGCAUGGAGAAGAGAAUAUCUCUUGGUGUCGGAUAUGAGCUUUGUAAUACCUGUGACAUUCAUAACCACGUGGCGGAGCUCAAAGAUAUGAUUAAGAAGGAAAGAGAUGAAUAUCAUAGCCUGCUAGUAUCAGAAACUACAGAAACCUCACAACCAAGGAAGAUGGCUUUAGAUAUUCUGGAAUUAAAUCGCUUAAGACGUUCCCUUCUGAUUGGUUCACAUGUUUGGGAUCACCGGCUUUGCUAUUUGGACUCUUUAAUUAAAAAGAUUUCUGGUUCUAAGUUCAAACAAGAAAAUGAUGAAUCUUUCGUAGAGUUAUUUCGCAAGGAUCACAGUUGUGACCAUUGGCCCGAGCAAAGUAGCCCUUGGCCAUCCAACUUGCAGGAGCAUCCUGAAAGUUGUAUUCUCAAACAAAUGGAUGAGUGUCUUGAACCAUGUUCUGAAGCAUGUACAUCUAAUAAAAAUAGAGAGAAUUUACUUUUAGAUAUUGAAUUUGUUGUCAAUAAAACAUCUUUUGAUUGUUUUCCCGCUCAGGAAUCUAAUCUUUCUGAGAGAAUAGAUUCUGCCUGGACUGGAGCUGACCAGUCUCCUUCAAAAGUCGAACCUCUUCAUGCGUUUCAAGCAGAUGAUCUGCAGGCUGGCUGUGCCAGGCGGUCUAAUUUAAAUGAUACUCAUCCUUUUAGAAGGUUGAUCCAACCAGUGAGAGUUCAUUCUUUUGAUUCAGCAUUAAGAGUUCGAGAAAGAAGCAGGCAAGCCUUGCCCCCCUCAUUACAGUUUUCAACAGUUAGAUCUUUUCAUGCUUAUGGUGACUACAUGAAUAUGGUUAGAGAUCCUGUAUCUAAUCCAUUACAGGCUCACUUUCAAUUGUCACCUUGGGAGGUUCAGAAGCUAAACCUAAUGCUGAACGCCAGACCACUAUUCAUCUCCGCUGCGUCUCAUGUGGCUGAAGGUGUUCGGUUGCUGCUUCCCCAAACACGUCAUGGUCAUAGAGUUAUUGCUGUUUAUGAUGACGAUUACUCUAGCAUAAUAUCUUAUGCCCUUAGUUCUAAGGAAUACGAAGAUGGGGUUGUGCAUAAGUUGGAUCCUCGUGAUGGAAGCUUGGUUAUGCAUGAGAGAAGCAAACAACAUUCAGCUUCUUCUUCCUGUUCAUCACAUCAAUCUGUUGGUCUUUCAGACUUAGAGUAUAUUCAUUAUGGUGGAUAUAGGUCAGAAGAUGCUCCAUCAUCUGUUGCUUCUCUUCUAAUGGACUCCAAGAAAUCUUUACACUUGCGAAUUUCCUUUGGUGAUGAUUCUAUGGGUGCUGGUGGGAAAGUGAAUUUUUCUGUCACUUGUUAUUAUGCAAAGCAGUUUGAUUUACUUAGAAAAUUGUGCUUCCCUGAUGAAGUUGAUUUUAUACGUUCCUUGAGCCGCUGCCAUAGAUGGAACGCACAAGGAGGGAAAAGCAACGUAUAUUUUGCUAAGUCUUUGGAUGAUAGGUUUAUCAUUAAACAGGUUAAAAAGACAGAACUGGAUUCCUUUGAAGAAUUUGCUCCUCAAUACUUUACAUACCUGAUGGAUUCCCUUAAGUCAGGAAGCCCUACAUGCCUAGCCAAAAUUCUUGGUAUUUAUCAGGUUAUUGUCAAAUACCCAAAAGGUGGGAAGGAAACAAAAAUAGAUCUGAUGCUAAUGGAGAAUAUCUUCUACAAGAGAAAUAUAUCUAGAGUAUAUGAUCUUAAGGGCUCAAAAAGAUCUAGGUACAAUUCAGAAACAAGUGGGACAAUGUUAGACUUGAAUUUGUUAGAAGCAUUGAGAACGAAACCCAUAUUUCUUGGGAGCAUGGCGAAGAGACGUCUUGAGAGAGCUGUAUGGAAUGACACAGCCUUUUUGGGGUCAGUGGACGUGAUGGAUUACUCGUUGCUGGUAGGGGUGGAUGAUGAGAGGAAGGAGCUGGUGUUGGGGAUAAUUGAUUUCAUGAGGCAGUACACAUGGGACAAGCAUUUGGAGACAUGGGUUAAGGCCUCUGGGAUAUUUGGUGGUCCUAAGGAUGAUUCUCCCACUGUAGUUUCUCCUAAACUCUACAAGAAGAGAUUCCGGAAGGCCAUGACUGCCUACUUUCUCACUCUUCCUGAUCAGUUGUCGUCCUCAGGGUAAUGUAUCAUAAUUGAUUUUCUGAGUUGUGUGGUGAUUCGUCAAUAAAAAUAUCGGUGUUGGUGGGGGCAAUUGUACAUACAUCCAUGGGGAAACUUGAUGGUGAUAAGUGUAGACCUUUAAUUUUUGUAUAUAAAGGGGAAAAUAAUAACCUUGAUCAGAGCUUGGCACCAAAAUUGUUCAACAUAAUUGUUCAUUUAUCUUAGUGUUAAAUGGAUAAUUUUUCCUAGAA